GGGUGUGCUUGAGUGCGUGUCACAGCUUUAUACCAUAAUCUCUCCUACUACUAUGAAGACUUAUUACAGGUUGACAGCAUUGCUCGUGUCCCUAGUACUUUCGUUUGCCGAAGUGCCACGGUCUGAUGGCGAGCUGGAGCAGCAGCAGUGCAACGAGCUAGGAUUCACAGGUGUUGCCUGUUCCACGUGCAAGAGGUUCGAGGAGAUCGUCGCCGAUGAAAGUCUAACAGAGGAGUGUCUGCAAUGCUGCCAGGAGGCGAAAAGCUCUUCGAAAAAGUACGCCUCGGCGAAGUUGGUGUACGAUCCAAGAUGGCUUAGCGCCGACCCUGAGCUUCGAGGUUUUGUCAACGACAGAGCCGCCGAUCACCCCGCCCUGGAGCUCGAGCCAACGCUGUACGCGAAGACCGUGUUGCUCAUGUCGGAGAAAGGAGCGGAUGCUGAUGACGUCGACGUUAUCAACAUCAAGCGGUGGAAGGUGGACUCGAUAGCUGAUUACUUGAACGAGCAUUUGUACGAGCAAUAGCACGAGCGUUUAUAGAGCUCCUCCCGCUGGCUUCGGCCGAGGUGUUGCUUCUUCCCCAUUGGCCCCAGAUCGGGUUCAUGAAGCAUUGAUGUCAUGUGUGUAGUCCGAUUGGGGGAGAGAUCAGCCUCACGGUGGAGCUCAAGCGACUAUGGUUCAUGCCAAUUCUUGGUGGGACUCUCGCCGUGCUUGUUCGGAGCGGGCGGCGUCAGUGUCUGUACCGUCGAUGCUUGGAGGUCAAGUAAGGCUUCGUAAAUGAACAGGUUUUGGUGGGGUCGAUAGAGGUUUUGUAAACAGCACAUGCCAAUCUAAUGUGCAUGUAGGUCUUAGGUGGUGUUAGUCGCACCGAGUAGGGCAGCUCAUUGCUGGGGGGUGCCUACGGGCGUCGAUGUUUGUUAGCACAUGAACGAUGAGAUUCAUUUC